AAAGGCUGGGAGGGGUGAAAAAUGAGAAAGCUUCAGCAGGCUAGGAACAAAAUAGUUUAGGCGUGGUUCUCAAUACUGCCCUCAUGCACUCUCAAGAGUGUUUGGAUCUCAGAGAAGGCAGGGGAAAACAAGCGAGCAGGCCUUAUCUCGGUGUAAAACUCAGCGAGCUGAGGCAUAGAGGGACUCGGAAGCAUGGCGACUCUCAGCGAGAAUGAGGACCGUUUGGAGGAGAAUCAACUCGACGUGGACGCAAAGGAGGACGUGAAGGACCCCACGGCGCAGCAGCCGCAAGAUGUGUUAUGUGACUCCUGCAUGGACGGCCCAAGCAACGCGGUGAAAUCCUGCCUGACCUGUCUGGUUUCCUACUGCGAGGCCCAUCUCAGGCCCCACCUGGAGAACGCCAAAUUUCAGAACCACCGCCUGGUCGACCCCCUCCACAACAUCGACUGCCAGACGUGCGACAUUCAUCAGCUUCCUCUCAGGCGCUACUGCCUGACGGACUGCAGCUGUGUGUGUCCGGACUGCGAGGGAGAGGAGCACCACACACACGCGACCGAAUCGCUGGAGGACGCCCGCAAACAGAUCGAGAUUGAACUGCAGCAGAAACACAAAGAGAUCAGUGAAACUGUGUCCGCCACUGAGAAAUACCAGGAAAAGCUGCAAAACAACAAUGAGCUGAUUAAGUCUAAAGUGCAGGAGGUUUGUGUUGCAGUUGAAGGGCAGUUCCUGAGGCUGCAGGCGACUGUGGAGGAGGCCAGGAGAGGGGUGGUGGAGGAGCUGGACGCAGAGCAGAAACAGGCCUUCAAACAGGCAGCCGGCAUGCAAGCACAUCUGGAACAGAGGAGGGCGGAACUGAUGAAAACCGUGUCUCAAAUGAACAAACUGUCCAGGAUCAAGUCUGAUGUUGACUUCCUGCAGGAACACUCGGAGUGGAGGAAAGCAGUGACGGACGUCUCCGUGCCCGGCGUGCACAUCGCUCGCAUGGAUCAUCUGACCUCCUACGUUCAAGCUGUGACCGACGCCACGGAGGAGUUGUGUAACCUGAUUGUCACCUCUUACAGGCAAAAACUGAGCACAAUCUGCAAAGAAGGCACUAAAUCUCAGAUGAGGAAAUCGCUGCCUGUAUCGCUGCCGGACCCUGAGACGCUAGAAGACUUCUUAAAAUAUAAACGGAGCUUGACCUUUGACCCCGACACCACCCAUCAUUUCCUACGUUUAAUGGAGGACAACAGCAAGCUGACCAACACCAGCCCCUGGCAGCACAGCUACCCAGACCACCCCGAUCGCUUCGCCCACUGGCGCCAGGCCGUGACCUCGGACAGCCUUUAUUCGGGCAGACACUUCAUUGAAGCCGAGCUGAGCGGAGAAGGCGCCCAUAUAGGCGUCACCUACAAGAGCAUCGACCGUAAGGGGGAGGAGAGCGCCGGCUGCAUCACCGGGAAUGACUUUUCCUGGUGCGUGGGAAGAAACAGCCGAGGUUUCUCUGCCUGGCACGCCGCUGUCGAGGCAGUCUUGGAGGCCACGGAUCUCACCAGGAUCGGUUUAUAUCUGGAUUUUGAUGGAGGUUGUGUGUCUUUCUACAAUGUGACUGAUAGUAUGAGGUUACUCCACAAAUACAGUACUGAUUUUACAGAGCCUUUAUAUGUGGCAGUCUGGCUGUCCAAGAAAGACAAUGUGGUGUCUCUGGUUAAUACCAGAUGAUGUAUUUUAAGACAGAUGACCUGAUUUGACAGUGAGCUUGUGAAAGAAAAAAUACAUUAAAAAAUGUUUUUUUUUUUUAGCUUACAGAACAAGGUGCAUUAAAACACUGUUAAGUUUACUACCACAUAAGAAACCUGUGAAGCAAAGUGCAAGUUAGGAAUUUAUUGCAUCUUUACAGCUGAUAAAUUGUUAUUGAGAUACAACUCAGUCAUUUCUUCAACAGGUUUACAAGUGUUUUACACAUUUAAAGUGUUAGUCAGCAUUUCAUGAGCUUAGUCAGUUUUUACAAAGCUAUGCAGAUUGUUGUAAAAUCACCAAGUACUUCAUCAAUAAAACCUGCCUCAUGAGUCAA